AUGUCCAGUCUGUCCAGCUAUGUCCAGCUACGUCCAUCUAUGUCCAGCUAUGUCCAUUCUGUCCAGCUAUGUCCAGCUAUGUCCAGUCUGUCCAGCUAUGUCCAGUCUGUCCAGCUAUGUCCAGCUAUGUCCAUUCUGUCCAGCUAUGUCCAGCUAUGUCCAGUCUGUCCAGCUAUGUCCAGCUAUGUCCAGCUACGUUCAGCUAUGUCCAGCUAUGUCCAGCUAUGUCCAGCUAUGUCCAGCUAUGUCCAGCUAUGUCCAGCUAUUUCCAGCUAUGUCCAGCUAUGUCCAGCUAUGUCCAGCUAUGUCCAGCUAUGUCCAGCUAUGUCCAGCUAUUUCCAGCUAUGUCCAGCUACGUCCAGCUAUGUCCAGUCUGUCCAGCUAUGUCCAGCUAUGUCCAGCUACGUCAAGCUAUGUCCAGCUACGUCCAGCUACGUCCAGCUAUGUCCAGCUAUGUCCAGCUACGUUCAGCUAUGUCCAGCUAUGUCCAGCUAUGUCCAGCUACGUUCAGCUAUGUCCAGCUAUGUCCAGCUAUGUCCAGCUAUGUCCAGCUACGUCCAGCUAUGUCCAGCUAUGUCCAGCUACGUCCAGCUAUGUCCAGCUAUGUCCAGCUUUGUCCAGUACCUCUUCGAGUUUGGGACCUCCCCGUACCCCCUGCCCCAUAUCCCAGGGACCUCCCCGUACCCCCUGCCCCCUAUCCCAGGGACCUCCCCGUACCCCCUGCCCCAUAUCCCAGGGACCUCCCCGUACCCCCUGCCCCAUGUCCCAGGGACCUCCCCGUACCCCCUGCCCCAUGUCCCAGGGACCUCCCCGUACCCCCUGCCCCCUGCCCCAUAUCCCAGGGACCUCCCCGUACCCCCUGCCCCAUAUCCCAGGGACCUCCCCGUCCCCCCAUGUCCCAAUGACUUCCCCGUACCCCCUGCCCCAUAUCCCAGGGACCUCCCCGUCCCCCAUGUCCCAAUGACUUCCCCGUACCCCCUGCCCCAUAUCCCAGGGACCUCCCCGUCCCCCCAUGUCCCAAUGACUUCCCCGUACCCCCUGCCCUAUAUCCCACGGACCUCCCCGUACCCCCUGCCCCAUGUCCCAGGGACCUCCCCGUACCCCCCUGCCCCAGGGACCUCCCCGUACCCCCUGCCCCAUAUCCCAGGGACCUCCCCGUACCCCCUGCCCCAUAUCCCAGGGACCUCCCCGUACCCCCUGCCCCAUAUCCCAGGGACCUCCCCGUACCCCCUGCCCCAUAUCCCAGGGACCUCCCCGUACCCCCUGCCCCAUGUCCCAGGGAUCUCCCCGUACCCCCUGCCCCAUGUCACAGGGACCUCCCCGUACCCCCUGACCCAUAUCCCAGGGACCUCCCCGUACCCCCUGCCCCAUAUCCCAGGGACCUCCCCGUACCCCCCUGCCCCAGGGACCUCCCCGUACCCCCUGCCCCUUAUCCCAGGGACCUCCCCGUACCCCCUGCCCCAUAUCCCAGGGACCUCCCCGUACCCCCAUGUCCCAAUGACUUCCCCGUACCCCCUGCCCUAUAUCCCAGGGACCUCCCCGUACCCCCUGCCCCAUGUCCCAGGGACCUCCCCGUACCCCCUGCCCCAUAUCCCAGGGACCUCCCCGUCCCCCCAUGUCCCAAUGACUUCCCCGUACCCCCUGCCCUAUAUCCCAGGGACCUCCCCGUACCCCCUGCCCCAUGUCCCAGGGACCUCCCCGUACCCCCUGCCCCAUGUCCCAGGGACCUCCCCGUACCCCCCUGCCCCAGGGACCUCCCCGUACCCCCCUGCCCCAGGGACCUCCCCGUACCCCCUGCCCCAUAUCCCAGGGACCUCCCCGUACCCCCUGCCCCAUAUCCCAGGGACCUCCCCGUACCCCCUGCCCCAUAUCCCAGGGACCUCCCCGUACCCCCUGCCCCAUAUCCCAGGGACCUACCCGUACCCCCUGCCCCAUAUCCCAGGGACCUCCCCGUACCCCCUGCCCCAGACAAGAGGGAAAUGUGGGCUUAGUAUGAGGUUGAUAAGAUUUGAGUCAGAGUCUGAAGAGUCAGGGAGUCAGGAGUCAGGGUAA